AUGUCUUCUCCUAUCGACUCCAUCACCUUCGUGUUCAACGAGAACCCUUUCUUCGAGAACAAGUCAUUGUCGAAGACCUACCACUUCAGCGAGGUUAAUGAUAUGCUUCGUCAUGAGAUAACGUCUAUCGACAGCGACACUGUGGCGUGGAAAGCUGGCAAGGACCUCACGUUGAAGUCUGUGGUUAAGAAGAAUAAGAAGACUGGUGCUACUAAGACUGUCCAGAAGGAGAGGGAGUCUUUCUUCAGAUUUUUCACUCCUCUUGGACCUGAUCAUCCCAUCCCUGAAAUCUACUUAGAUUUGGACUCUGAUUCCGAGUCCGAUGAUGACGAGGCUGAUAAGGAGCGUCUGCAGUUCUUCAUGAGCGCCGAUUUCGAGAAGGCUGAUGACUUGAAGGAGAAUAUUGUUCCUCGUGCCUUCAAGUAA